AGAUGGCGGCAACAGGGGUCUUGACAGUUUGUGUUGGCUUACUCCUUUUUCUCUUAAAAUCUCUUUCUCUGCUCUACAACUUCAAUCGAUCACAGCGGAGACAAUCAUCUUCCAGUGCUCGCAACACCUCUGAGCACACCUACGCUGCCAAAACAGCAUUCCUUGGGCACCCUCGCUUUUGUUUUCCACGUCAAAGAUGGGCGACGCGACGCUCGCCUCCUCUUUCGAGCACAUCCGCUCCGGCGAUGUACUCUUCAUGAACCGGAAGUGUCUCGCCAUGAAAGACCCGCUAGGCAUCGCACUGUGCCUGCUGACCAAAACAGAGAACCGCUUUGACCACGUCGGUAUGCUGCUCAAAGUCCAUGAGAAGGACCUGGAAAAGUACCCGGAGGCCCGCAAGCGCAUCGUGGAGGUGUCCCCCUCCGGCACCUAUGUGCUGGAGACGAACAUGCGCGGCAUCACCCUCUACGCGGCGGAGCACCGAAUCACACGCACCUCGGCCAACGAAUUAGUGUCGCGCUCUAUCAACGUCGGUGACGCGCCGAAAGAGCGGCACACGCAGGAGGCGCUGUUGCAGACGAUGGAGUCGCUGUACAGCACACCGUACCAGGACAACGUGCUGCACAUAUUGCCUUCUAUCUUUUCUCCACCCGACAAGAUGGAUCGCAUUACGGCGGCGCACAAGUUCAAUCGUCUGCGCAUUGAGGCGGACGCGUUGACGGCGAUGGCGGCGCGGCAGCCCGGUAGCGCGAGCGUCUACCGCGCCCUCAUCCACAAGUACAAAAACGCACAGGAGUUUCUGCUCGCCACCUACUUCCCGCACCUAAAGCGGUGCCCCACUGCUGCGGCCGAUCCGUUGUCGGUAGACUGGAGCUGCGGGCACUUCUGGAUUGACGGGGUCAACAACGCUGAGAAGAUGGUCUGUGCGGAGCUCAUUUGCAAUCUGUGGCAGCGCGUGGGUCUCAUUAAAGGCUUCCCUCCCGCGUCCUCCAUGCGGCCCUUCGACUUGCUGGAUGACACGCGGUUCAACUUCCUCAACGCGUCUAGCGAGUUUGGAGAAAUCACGCCCAUCAAGAUCAGCGAUGCGUACAAAGCCUACUGGGACGGGGCGGCACCGCAGCCGGGCGUUCUUGGCCGCAGCUGCGAAGCCGCGUGUGGCGCCCUUACAGAUGAGCAGCGCCUCGCCUUUGCAAAUGCGGUGCGCACCACGAGUGGCCUUCCGCAGGCGGAGACGCUGCUGGAGGUGGCUGCGUCGCCGGAGCUGCUGCCGUCGCGGUGGGUGGUGCAGUCGGUUACCCGUCACGACGUGGUGCCAAACUUGUGGUUCCGCGUGUUUUCUUCUGGGGUGCUCUUUGCCGCCUGCGCGGUGCCGUGUGCUCCAUUGACGCUGCGCUGGAUGGAGGGCCAGCUCGGUCUGUUUCUCGCACGCGGUAGUGUGUGGUCUCUCACCUGCGGGGUUUUUGCUCGCAAUGUGGCCUUUGCCGCGGUGCAGGCCUUUUUUCUCGCGGCGGCGGCGCGUUGGUACGACGUGUCGGGAUCCUGCGCGGUGAUGGCACCACCGCGCUCCCGCAGUGGCACCGCCGGUAUUGUGGACGCGCGGCACCCGUACUACGACACGGUGGUCCUCUACGCCGCCUCCGCCGUCGUGGCGCACGUCUGCACUACGCCGCUGCACAACGCGAACAUCGCCCACCACUUCGGUCCAGCUCGCCCUGGACCGACUCCCAUGCGGAUGCUGCUGCGGGGGAGCCUCGCUUUAGUCCCUGUCAGCGUGUUGCUGCCCUUCCAGGCCUGCUGGCUCAGCUGGUACGAGACAGUUGGCUCCUUUAUCGUGCCGACACUCUCCUCCGUGUGGCGGCCGCGCGAAGACUUGCUGCAGAGCAAGGAGUGGCCGCACCUGCGCAACGACGCCCUCGCCGGCGCCUUUGUGGCCACGCUCGCCAUCGACGCCCUUUUCUACCCCCUUGGGACCGUUGUGGUGCGGCGCUUUGUGAGGGACCUCUACAAGCCGCAGCUAUCGCCCAGCUUCGGUCGGUCGCUGUACGCAGGCUACCGCCACCGCCUCCUCAGCAACCUCGUCAUCCUCUCCGCGUCCACUUCGUACCUCUACGGAGUCGGAAGCCUUUAA